AUGACUCGGUCAACAUUCACAACUAUCACACCUUUGCCCUCAGACAUAUCCCGAGAGCAUGUAGUCGAGUUUCUCCACGAUCAUCUCGCCAUGAUCGACUUGAAUCCUCUCAUUAUAGAACGCCACCAAAUCCCUCCUCCGCCACACGCCCCGGAGGAUGAGAAGAAGUGUGUAUGGUACUCCAUGACGGACCGUAUCGACUAUCUCCCCGGCGGUCUUGUCUCCGGCCAGGUCUCUUACACUGCAGCCUUCUUCGACUCUCCUGAUGGUCUGCAGACGCACAGCUAUGCUCCUAUGGGGCUUGAUCUCCGUGGGCGUUGGUCUGUAGGUGGCACGAUGCCAGGAGAGCGCCCGCAACCUGUUGAGCUUGGUCUCGGGGCGCCUACUACGGGUCUUUAUCUCCGUGAGGAUGUUGAUAUGCGCUGUAACAUGCUCAUGGUAGGGUUUGUCAAGAAGACUAUUAAGAAGUCACACGGGACACUGGUUGAGAAGUUAUCUCAGAAGACCUCCAUGAAGAUGGCAAGGCACUCUAUGCAAAACUUCGGGUCCAGCUCCCCAGGAAGUCUCCAAACGCCAACCCCAACAGGGUCUGAGUCCUCAGCAGUACCGCCUAUGGGGCCGCUUCUCCCACCUGCCGUAAGCAAUGACCAGCGCGGGUUUGCCCCGGACCUGUCUUCACCACCUGCCUAUGGCCACGGCACACCCUCUUCCUCUUCAAAUAUGGGCAUCAUGCACCCGCAGAGAAGCGGCGGUCUGGCACCCCCUGGACAACCUCAGCGGCUAGAUUCUAAUCAGUCAGGGCUUGGCCAUGCAGGAACUGUCUAUCGUGGCAACAGUAGGCCUGAUCAUUACACCGAGUUCUCUGGUCAAAACCCCUAUGAUAACUCACGGACCCCAUACGAUGAGCGGGAGAACUUUGCAGAAUUAGACGAUGGCACCCAUAACCAUCCUCGCCACUACGAAGACAAGCCAGGACCCGCAGAGCUAGCUUGA